CCCAGCAGCCUUGUGAAGGAGCGUUGGAAGAGACGCCCUGUAAACACAUCUCUGUGCUGAUCGAGCUGCCGGCUCCCGCCCGCUCCACCACUGGCCUGCUAGGGUAUCUUCAGCGUUGCACCUUAGUUUUUCUAGCCGUUUCCUUAGCCGUAAAUUGCGAGUGAUAACACCUGGUGGGGUGGUUGUGAAGAUUAAAUUAGAUAUCUAGGAACAAGUCAUGUCCAGCAAAUGGUAGGUUCCCCCAAGGCGAGGAGUUCAAAGGCCAACGCGUCCGCCCUGGGCAAGGCGUCUUCAGGGCCAGCAAGACUAUGGGGUCUGAGGGAGACUCCUGGGGAUCCUAGAAAGAGAAGGCCGAUGUGAGAAGCAGGAAAGGAACGCUUUCAGGCUGCGGUAGCCAAGGACGCCUGAGUCCCGCGGGAGCUGGAGCGGAUAGGGGAACGGUGUGAGUGGCACACCCUUUCCCUCUCUGGCCCCACCAAUCACACUACUGGUGGAUGGGAAGCAGAAGAUGGUGGUGGUCUGCCUGGUCCUUGAUGUUGCACCCCCUGGCCUUGACAGCCCCAUCUGGUUCUCAGCCGGCAAUGGCAGUGCCCUGGAUGCCUUCACCUAUGGCCCUUCCCCAGCAAUGGAUGGCACCUGGACCAGCCUCGCCCACCUCUCCCUGCCCUCUGAGGAGCUGGCAUCCUGGGAGCCUUUGGUCUGCCACACUGGGCCUGGGACUGAGGGCCACAGCAGGAGUACACAGCCCCUGCAGCUGUCAGGAGAGGCUUCCACAGCCAGGACCUGCCCCCAGGAGCCUCUCAGGGGGAUGCCUGGCCGAGCGCUGCGGCUGGGGGCGCUGCGGCUGCUGCUCUUCAAGCUGCUGCUGUUUGACCUGCUCCUGACCUGCAGCCGCCUACGCCGCCCCACGGGCCCGCCGCCUUCCCCCACAGCUGCCACCCGCCUGCGAGCCCUUGGCUUCCACCGACUCCACCUGGCCACGGAGACAGGGGGACAAGAAGCCACCAGCUCACCCAGGCCCUUACCUUGGGACCGCCGCUGGGGUGACACCCCUCCGGGCUGGGAACCCGGGAGCCCAAUCUGGGAGGAGGGGUCUUACCCCACCAGUUACCCCACCUGCCCAGCACGGGCCUGGUGCUCAUGAUCUGCCCUCAGGACUCCUUCCUCGGGUCUUGGAGCAUUUUUUGCAUCUGACCAGCCUCCUCCUCUGUAGGCUGGAGCUAGGGGCAGGGGUCUGCCACGCCUUCAAACUGUGUGAAGCUGUGUCUCUCCCAUUGGACAGGGGGCCCCUCGAGAGUGAUGAUCCACCCAGUUACAGGGGCUUUUGGGGUGUGGAUGAUUGAGAACAUUAAAGAAGAACUUAAAUGACACAGCA